GUUCCUCCCACGUGCAGUCACGCCCUCACCUGACCAGAGCGGGGAGUUUCCAGUUCCUCACCCCGGCAGUUGAGGGAAAAUGAAAGUGAAAGCGGGAAGAGGAGACUUGGUAGGAGAGAUCGCAGCACCAUGAAGCCUCUGCUCCCGCUCGUCGCCGUGGCACUGGGCCUGGCGACCGUCGUCUCGGCUGGACCAGAGGCGAUCGAGUGCUGGUUCGUGGAGGAUGCAGGUGGAGGUAGCCUGUCCAAGAAACCUGCCACAUUGCUACUGCGCCACGGACCCAGGGGACCGCCGCCCCGGGCAGAUGUUGACCCUAAGCUAUACUUCAAGGUUGAUGACCCGGCGGGCAUGCUCCUGGCCGCCUUCAGGCGGUACCCCGCAGGCGCCUCCGUCCCCCACUGCGAGAUAAGUCGCUUCAUCCCGUUCCCCGCCUCGGCGAAGUGGACUAGAAGUCUGAUUCCGCAGCCGAACUGCCCGCGGGCCCUGGACGGGGAUUGGCUGCUGGCCAGCGUAUCCAGCACGGUCUUCAGCCUCUCCUGCCUGCUGCGACCACAGCCGGAGCCUCAGCGGGAGCCGGUCUCCAUCACCAUGGCAACAGUGGUGCUGACCGUCCUCACCCAGAACCCCGCCCCUCGAAUCCAGCUGGGAAAGGAUGCAGUGCUGGACCUGCGCUUCGCCUACGCGCCCACGGACCUGCGCUUCGCCGACACGCCCACCGCCCUGAAAGAUGCGCCCUCUGUGGACGCAGGCCCUCCUCCCUUUGGGCUGGAGUGGCGACGCCAGCACAGGGGAAAGGGUCACCUGCUGCUCGCUGCCACCCCUGGGCUGGUCGAGAGAAUGCCACCAGCCCAGGAACAGGCUACGGCAUUUGCAGCUUGGGAUGACAAUGAGCCCUGGGGCCCGUGGACUGGGAAUGGGACCUUCUGGCUGCCAGCGGUGAAGCCUUCUCAGGAGGGUGUCUACCUGGCUACUGUACACCUGCCCUACCUGCAAGGACAGGUCUCCCUGAAGCUGACUGUGCACAAGCCACCCAGAGUGUCUCUAACACCAGCACCUGUUGUAUGGGCUGCCCCAGGAGAGGCGCCCCCAGAAUUGCUCUGUCUUGCGUCCCACUUCUACCCUGUGGAGGGCCUGAAGGUGGAAUGGGAAGUGAGGGGCGGCCCAGAAGGAAGUUCUAGAACGGCUGAGGGGAAGACGUGGCUCUCCACCAUCCGCCACCAUUCUGAUGGCUCUGUCAGCCAGGCUGGGCACCUGCAGCCACCGCCAGUCUCUGCCAAGCAACACGGAGUUCGCUAUGCCUGUCGGGUGCACCACCCUAGCCUGCCAGCAUCAGGGCGCAGCGCUGUCGUCACCCUAGAGGUGGCAGGCUUCUCCGGGCCCUCCAUGGAGGACGGCAUCGGCCUGUUCCUGUCUGCUUUUUUCCUUCUGGGCCUCAUCAGGGUGCUAGGCUGGCUGGCUGCCCACCUCACCAUUCCUGAAGUCUCAAAGGAGAAGGCCACAGCCGCCAGCCUGACCAUUCCCAGAUACUCAAAGAAGUCACAGUAAAGACACUCGUCUGUGGAAGCCACCCUCAUCUCUGGCCCAAGUGACUCCAGUAGCUCCUGCCCCAGAAGAGCAUCCCUCAUUCCCUCAUGUCCUCCUCUCCCUCCACUGAAUGGCUUUUUUUUUUAAAUCUUUAUUGUUCUUGUUUUUAGACAAGGUCUCUCUAUGUAGCCUUGGCUGGCUGUCCUGGACCCUCAACCAAGCCAACAAGGCUGGCCUCGAAGUCCCAGAGAUCCACCUGUCUCUGCCUUUGGAGUAACAAACGGCAUUGGACACCAUGCCUAGAGCCCCCCCUCCCCCUUUUAAGGCAAAUCUAGCAUUCUCAACGUUCCAAGGCAGCGGUUCUCAAAACGUUUGGUUCCAAUACAUCUUUAAAAUGACCAAGAA